GGUGUUUUGAGUAGUUUAGCGUGGGUUUGUGUUUGCACGGACAGUAGUUUCUGGAAAAGUCAGUCUGUCAAUGCUUUUAGCGCAGGCUGCUGUAGUGUCACUGAAGGGCAGAAGUGGUAUGUAGGUGCGUGCACCCCCAGCACCGCUGCCGCCGGGCCUGAGGAGCGCUGCGUUGUACUCCCGUAAAGUAAGGCUACGUGUCCUGACCCAUUUCAGUAGCCCUGUAGGCACGGCACACGGCAUUUAGUUGUCGUGCCCGAUAAACGUGUCUUCCCCGUGGGAGAAAUGCAACAGCGGAAAGAAGAUGGUUACGUCUGACACGUAUAACAGUCACAACGCAGUUUGCAGUAUUUCAAUUUGGAGAUUUUGCAGUGACAGAACUGUUGCUGUUCUGUGAAUUUUGCGUGUUUGUUAUGGUGUGAGUGCUUUCUGUGUGUUACUUGAGAGCUACUUCACAUUCCACGUUAUGUAGUUCUUGUUCUGACUUUACAAUCACAUUUACCGUUAAAUAAUGAAUAAGUGUGUUUGAAUUGCAUACCAAAAUUGCAUCACGGCAUUGUGAUUUUACCCCCUUCUAUAACGUGAUGGUAACACCUUCUUUCACACUUUUGUGAUCUUUUUUGUCCAAUGACACUUCAGCUGAUAUGCUGUUACAUUUCACGUAGAGAAUUUCAUGGUUUUGGAAGUGUAUAAUGCUAUUUUUUAAAAUCUUAUAAACACUGUGUCCUGCCAAAAUCUUGCUGUUAGUUAUAGAAAGAAACGUAUAAUCAUUUGCCUUAUUGCUGAGAUGCUUCCAUUUCAGAUAGUUAAACAAAUUUGUUCAACAGUAAAGAAACCAAGUGUAAUUUUCCAGAUUCUUUUCAGAUCACUUAUGACUGCUAGAAGGAGUUGUUGUUUUUUUUCUGUCAGUGAAGUAAGUGGCAAGAUCUGUAUGUCUCCCUUUUUAUCUCCGAGUUCUUCUUUAGAUAUGUCAUUGUAGCUACAUAGUUACUGAGAUACCAUACUCAGUUAUUCAAAUGUGACAUACAGCUUUGUCUUUUUAAGAGAAGGAAACAUUUGCUGCAUUUGGAAACUGUUUGGACGUUCCUGGUGAUAGUGUGCUAUGCCUUGUGUAAGCAUGCACUGGACAUAGGAAGUGACUGCUGUAUUUUUUCUCUUGCAGGUUUGCAGGAACCUUAUGCUAAUACAUAAAAUAACAGAAUAAAAAUGACAUUAAGGAAAGUGAACAUUUCCAUCCUUGUAGUGGCUGUUGUCAUAUUUUUGCUAGUUCUUCAUCAUAACUUCCUAGGCCUCAGUGACUUCUUGAAACGGGAAUUGUCAGAUUCAAAUCCAUUAGGACUUCAGCCUAUAGAUUUCAUACCUGCGGUUCCCCAGAGGCUGGCAGAUGAAAGGAAUGAUAAGGAGAUUUCUGUGGUCAUUGCAGCAUCAGAUGAGAGGCUUGGGGGUGCAAUUGCAGCCAUGAACAGUAUUUACCGUCACACCAAAUCCAACGUGGUUUUCUAUAUUGUUACUUUGAAUGAUACUGUGGAUCACUUGAGGCUGUGGCUAAGUAACACUGCUCUGAAAAAUUUGAGAUACCGAAUUUUGGAUUUUGACCCUCGUGUCUUAGAAGGGAAAGUACAAGUGGAUCCUCAAAAGGCAGACACCUUAAAACCAUUAACCUUUGCAAGAUUCUACUUGCCCAAUUUGGUACCUCAUGCAGAGAAGGCCAUCUAUGUGGAUGAUGAUAUAAUAGUGCAAGAUGAUAUUCUUGAACUUUACAACACUCCAUUGAAACCUGGACAUGCAGCUGCAUUUUCAGAUGAUUGUGACUCAACCACUAAUAAAGUUGCUGUCCGUGGGGCAGGCAAUCAGUAUAAUUAUAUUGGGUUUCUGGAUUACAAAAAAGAAACCAUCCGAAAGCUUGCCAUGAAAGCCAACACCUGCUCUUUCAAUCCAGGAGUUUUUGUUGCCAAUUUGACAGAAUGGAAAUUGCAGAACAUCACUAAGCAAUUGGAGAAGUGGAUGGCACUUAAUGUAGCAGAGGAACUUUACAGUAGGACUCUGGCUGGCAGCAUCACGACACCUCCACUGCUAAUUGUAUUUUACAAGCAACAUUCCAGCAUUGAUCCCAUGUGGAAUGUCCGUCAUCUCGGAUCUAGUGCUGGAAAAAGGUACUCUCCUCAGUUUGUGAAAGCUGCCAAGCUGCUCCAUUGGAAUGGACAUUUCAAACCAUGGGGAAGAACAGCUUCAUAUGCUGAAGUCUGGGAGAAGUGGUAUGUCCCUGACCCUACAGGCAAGUUCAGCCUGCUCCGCAGACAUUCAGAAGCCUAUGAAGCAAAGUAGAGUCAAUUUUAAUAACUGAUGGCAUUUUCUCAGGAAAAUUCUGGAGCCAAGCAGAACUUUUUUUUUUUGCCAACUUGUAUUAGAGAGCAGUCCUUGCCAUCUGGAGCACAAGGUGACGCACUUAUUCAGGUGCGGUUCUGAAAUGCACGGUUCAAAAGGAGACUCGCUUCACUUGUGUGACAGAAAAUGCUACUCCAGCAACACUAUAGAAAGCAAGGGAGGAUCUCCACAAACUAGCACUUUUGUUAGUUCAUUUCUGUCUAUUGCACAUUCUUCUGCUCUUUACUACAAGUCUUCUACAGGAGGAUCACUUUGUCAGCUACAGAAAGGAACAGUGUCUAAGAACAAGCUGCAACUUCAGCUGGUGCUUGCACCACACAGAUCUUGCACAGCAAUGUACUGUAAUGAAGAGCUGCUUGGGUUUCUUCUGUUUUGGUUGGGUUUUUUUUGUUUGUUUCCUUAUCCUGUGAAGUAGUUUCCUCAACAACCCUUUCUUGCAUGAAAUCUCCCCCCAACCAUUUCUGUGUAAGUCUUUCUUGCAGAAUUCUGCAAAAUUGAAUCUUGUUUUUUUGAAAGAUGAAUUUUUCAAGUAUUAUUUCACUAUGCAAAGUGGUUUUAACUGCCAGUGAACACUAAAACAUUUUUUGU